GGUGUGAGCAAAUGUGUGUUUUUAAAGGAUUUUGCCACCAUCGACAGAAAAGCUGGGAUAACUUUUUGGAAUUCAGCCUAGGAGGUCCUCUUUGGUGUUACGCUCUCUGCGAGAUUCCCAUCUCCUCUCUUUCCUUGUGAAAAAAAAAUCAGAGUUUUCCUUUAUCCUGAAGAACUCAGUGUGUUGAGCGUCAGGAUGUACAGCUUCAUGGGAGGAGGCCUUUUCUGUGCCAUCGUGGCCAACAUCCUCCUGGUGGUGUCCACAGCCACUGAUUACUGGAUGCAGUACCGCCUAUCAGGCAGCUUCGCUCACCAGGGCCUGUGGCGCUACUGCAUGUCGGGCAAGUGCUACAUGCAGACGGACAGCAUUGCAUACUGGAACGCCACAAGGGCCUUCAUGAUCCUGUCAUCGAUGUCAUGCUUCGCAGGGAUCAUCGCCGGCAUUCUUUCCUUCACCCACUUCUCUGGCUUUGAGAGAUUCAGUCGUUCCUUUGCUGCAGGGAUCAUGUUUUUUGUUUCAACUCUCUUCGUUUUUCUGGCCAUGGCGAUCUACACCGGGGUGACGGUGAACUUCCUGGGAAAGCGCUUUGGUGACUGGCGCUUCUCCUGGUCCUACAUACUCGGCUGGGUUGCUCUGCUCAUGACCUUUUUUGCAGGUAUAUUUUACAUGUGUGCUUACAGGAUGCACGAGUGCAGGCGAGUCGCUGGAUCACGCUAGGUGGAUAAAAACUAAAGGAAUAAAACCACAAGAAGAAUCCAUACCAAAAAGGAAUAUAUUGUAAUAUGUUGUUAGUAUAUUGCUAAACAUAAAUGAAAGAUAUUAUAGUACAUACUGACUGUAUAGGAAAAAUAGACAAGAAUAAGCAGUUAGUAAGCCUCUUUCCAGGAAAAUCAAGUCACUUACUGACAUCAGUCUCAAGAGUAAUUGACAGUAAAUAGUGGAAAAGCAUUAAAAAUGUCCUGAAGUUAAUGGCA